ACACUGCUACCAUAAGCAGAUUACUUUUUGCGCUGCUUGUGUCAAUACGUGGUUCACUUGGUCUCCAUCAUGCUCAGGAUGCUACAGAUCGAUCACUUCCACCCUGGUAUAAUUCUUUUGUUGAUAUGGCUCUGUCAUUUCAUGGAAGUUCAGAAAGUUCAAGCUGGUAACUGUUGGAUGAAGCAAGGGAAGAAUAAUAAAUGCCAGGAUAUCUACACGUAUGGGAUGAGCAGAGACGAGUGCUGCAAGACCGGCAGACUGGGGUAUUCUUGGACGGAGGAGGAUGUGCCUAACAGCACACUGUUUAGGUGGAAGAUCUUCAACGGUGGAGCCCCUAACUGCAUACCAUGCAAAGAAACCUGCGACAAUGUGGACUGUGGUCCCGGAAAGAGGUGCAAGAUGAACAAAAGAAGCAAGCCACGCUGCGUGUGCGCUCCUGACUGCUCCAACGUCACUUGGAAAGAACCUGUGUGCGGAUCGGAUGAAAAGACAUACAAAGACGAGUGCGCACUCCUGAAAUCGAAAUGUAAAGGUCACCCGGACCUUAACGUCCAAUACCUGGGAAAAUGCAAAAAAACGUGCCGUGACGUCAAGUGCUUUGGCAGCGCCACGUGCGUAGUAGACCAGACAAAUAGUGCACAUUGUGUACAUUGCAAUACUGUUUGCGCAGAAGUGAUUUCUCCUGAGCAGUAUCUGUGUGGAAAUGACGGGAUCAUCUAUGCCAGCGCCUGUCACUUGAGAAGAGCAACCUGCUUUCUUGGCAGAUCUAUUGGAAUUGCAUAUGAGGGAAAAUGCAUCAAGGCCAAGUCGUGCAAGGACAUCCAGUGCAGCGCGGGGAAGAGGUGCCUGUGGGACUCCAGAAUGAGCAGGGGCCGCUGCUCGCUGUGCGAUGAGGCCUGCCCAGGCAGCCGUCCGGAGGAGGCGGUGUGCGCCAGCGACAACACCACAUACCCCAGCGAGUGCGCCAUGAAACAGGCCGCUUGCUCUUUGGGAAUGCUCCUGGAAGUUAAGCAUUCAGGAUCUUGCAACUCCAUCACAGAAGACCAGGAGGAGGAUGAGGAAGAUGAGGACCCUGACUACAUGGCAUUUAUCCAUUUGUCAUCUUUACUGGACGGAUAGGCGAUCGGCAGUAGGGGGAAAGUCGUAGGGCAAGGAAUCAUGUCCUGCACACAUGUGUAUGCUUAUUUAUUUUUUAAAGAAAAAAAAAAAAAGUAUACAUAUAGUCCAGUCUGCUAGAUGUUUAUUUAUACUGUGUUUCGUGUUUUAUAAUUUAUACAUUUACAAUGUCAGGUUUCCUAUCUCCCAUGAUAUCUUGAGUUACCACUUUUUUUUCUUUCGUUGUAUGUUUUCCUUUUAUUUUUUAUUAUGAAGAAAUGUAUUUGUCCAAAGAGAAGCAGUGUUAUUUAUUUGUUGUGUACCGUGUAAGUAUGAGUCUUCUGCAAGCUGUAAAUUGCAUUCCCUGAGCUGUAAAAAUCUGCUUAUUACUGUCAAAUCUUUAUCACAGAUGUUUAUGUCACACAUAAAUGCAUGUUUAGUGUGUGUUUAUUUAUUGGAAACCUGUCAAUCAUUAUGUACAGAAAUGUUUCUGGUUUGUUUACAACUCAUUAUAACUGACCAAAGGGAUUCUCUCAAUGGUUCUGCAACGGUACUUUAUAUGGUGCAGCAUUGUAACUAAUCCUUUGUUUAUCCUUUAUCCAUUAGUUAUACCUAACGGUAAUGUCAAAUAUUAUUCAAUAGCAGUAUUUAAUAUUUUUCACUAGAACAGAGAUGGGUUUUGGACAAUACUUGAUUUCUUUGAAAAAAAAUGUGCCAUUAACAUGUGUGCUGUCUUCUUGCCAAUGUGUUGCUCCAUAUCGCUCUUGCGGAGCUUACAGGAUGAUAUAUAAGCAGUACUUACCACUAUAUCAAACCAUAUUACUUUGCUUCUCACACAUAAUUUUUCAGAAUGCAUUUUUAUUUCCAAACAUCACAAAGGAAAUACAAAAUUCAGUUAUAAAUAUAUAGUUUUGUAUUUUUUUAUGUAAAUGUCAUAUGUACAUAAAAAGUUUGAUGGUAUUUGUACAUAUAUGAAGAGUUAAACAAUUAAACUGUU